ACGCGCAGGCAGAGCCGGCGUAUUUCUUGGUGCCGCCCCGGCAAAGGCCGCGUAGAGUGGAGCUGCUGCCGGAGAUGCCUAACGGUGUGUUCUGAGGAGCGGCCAGCGGCGCGAUGGAGCGGGCCAGGGACCGUUUACACCUGAGACGGACCACAGAACAGCACGUACCAGAGGUAGAAGUCCAAGUCAAAAGGAGAAGAACAGCCUCACUGAGCAACCAGGAGUGUCACCUGUAUCCAAGGCGAUCUCAGCAGCAGCAGCAGCAAGUACCUGUGGUGGAUUUCCAGGCGGAACUGAGACAGGCAUUCUUAGCUGAGACACCAAGAGGUGGUUAAAGCAGUAUUGGAACACACAGGCUCCAUCUACUAUUCGAAGCUUCCGCCCCAGCUUGCGUUGUUUGUAGGAGAACCUGCAUCAUACCUUUAUCUGUAGCCUUCCCUUAGGUCUUAAGGAUCCUGAAACUUCCCUGUGGACAUUGGAUUUGGUGGAGCAGCAA